AAAAAAAAAAAAAAAAACCUCUUUUCUUCUUCUUCUUCUUCUUCUUCUUGUCGUAAGAACCAGAAACCAGCGGAGGCUUGCUGGUCUACGAGUGCCAUUACCCUUCCGAUAAGAACCCAAUCGGCCAGAACUUAUAAAGGGAGUAUUUUGACUCCUAAUCUUCUUGAUUGUAACCAGCAGUAGUUCGAUUCACCUACCAGCUAUGGAGAUUGAAGCUCUGAAAUCAAAUCUGAGUGGCAAAUUCAGGUAAUUAGAGUUGCGGGUCUUGUUUCUCACAAUAGGGGAAUCAAUAGGAGCCAAGGGUCUAGGGUUCAGGUCGUAUAUGUGAGGGCUUCCUUCAAUCACGGCUUCGACCAAAACAGAUCUCACACAAGAGAGCUUGAAGCACUUCAGUAGUGCUGCAUCUAUCGCUCAGAAACAGAGUAUCUCAGAUCAGAAAAUUUAACAGCAGGAAAAAUAAGAAAGGAUUGGGAGGAGGAAGAAGAAGAUAAGAAGCGGAAAAGAGAAGAUUUCAGAGGGGGAGGAAAGUGGGAAUCCGAUAGCCCAUGGGUCACACCCAAAAUUCUCAACCAAGAUUAAUUCUUCAAAAACUAAAACUGAAAAUUCUCCAUUGUUUACAUGUCCAAUAUAAAGGAAAAAAUCAAACAAUUAAUGAAAACUACUUGAAAGGAAACUAUUCUAAAAUUAGAAGCUAGCUAAUUUAAAAAGAAAUUGUUUCUAAAACAAAAGAAAAUCAAAUCAAAAGAAUUUUUUUUUUCUAAGUCCAUCGUGCAACUGCAUCAAUUUUCGUCGGUCAUGACAAACCUUUUAUGAACAUUGUUACACUAUAGAGAUAUAGAGAAUUUGAAACUGAAACUGAAUCUUGAUUCAAAUAUUUAAACUAAACAUCUUGUGCUUAAAGAGGAGCAGUGAGAAAGAAGGGAAGAUGGGGAUGACAAAUGAAGUCAGUGAGGUCCCAAUAUAAGAGUGCAGGAUACAAUCCAAGGACAGGGUAUAAGAAUGGCAUUCUCAUACUUCAAGAAAGGGAAAACAUUAUAAAAGAAUAACUUAAAAAGGAACCUAGUGCAGAUGCUAUAGUGCAUUGUAUUUCUCUUCAUAAUCUACUAUAAUUGUAACAUGGGUUUAAACUAGUAGUUCAGCUGGAUAGUUUUUUCCCAACCUAAUGCCCAAAACUAGAACCUACAAAGUUGUUGUAUAGACAAUUUCCUGUGAUUUGCUAAUAUGGAAUAGAACUACCUUUUCUCCUAGUCUUUUCUUCAGUAUCUAAGAGUUACUGAUGAAAAUAGAAGAUCAAGAGUUCAAGACUCUCAGUUCAAUACCAAGUUGAGGGAAGUGUACCUGUAACUUACUAACUUCAUAGUAUCUGGUCCUUGAAAACUCCCACUGUCCUAGAAUACUUCAGAGGAUGAUUGAUAUGCAACUAUCACACUUUAAAGAAAACUUGAUCUCCAGUUAGAACUUUGAGACAAUAGAGCAUAUCAUCAGAUAUGAGUGGGCAUAUAAAUCUGUGACUUCAGAGUCAGUCAUCAUUGGGAAGCAUCUAAAGAUUACCACAACAAUGACACACUAACAAACCCAGAAACCCAAGAAAGUGAAAUCAAGAUCUUCCAUGAUGCCCUCUCCUAUAAUAUUCCUCCAUGAAGACAAUAUAUAUUGUUAGAACUAAGCUGCAUUAACUGAACAAAUAUCUAGGAAAUGCAAUAAAACUUCGGAUGGUAAAAGACAACCUGUAGCACAAACUAAAAGACAUCUAAACUUGAACAUAUUAGGACAUCCACUUCUAUCCAAUGUCUAAUGACUGCUGAAAUGGAGAGUAAGGAAUAUUUUUGUCAAGACCCCACUUCUUAUAUUCUGUUUUUUCAUAGUUUCUAUUUGUUGUUGUUCUAUGGUUUCUUAUUCUGUUUUUUAUAGUUUCUAUUUCCCAUAUUCAUGUUCAGUUUUAAUUCACUAGUUAUUAAAUCCAUUUGUCACUUUUUAGUUUGAUUUUGCUUGUUAUUCUAUAUGUUAGUUGUUGUAUCCCUAUGCUUAUUAUUUCUGAAUUACAGUUACAGAAAGUAACUGAUUAUCAUUGCUUUAUUUUAUGAUAUGUCGUUGUUCACUUAUAGCUGUCAGAUUGUAGAUUAAGGUGUUGUGGUUGACGAAAAUACCAAAGGGUGAAUCGUUGUAUUAAUUGAAUGGAUAGAAGUCGGGUUGAAAAGUCAAAGGACCCUAGGUUCCACGUAGGAAAUGAACACAUAGAUGGGGUAAAUCAAUUCUUAGAUUUUGCUUUUGCCAACUCACCUAAUAGCGAGAAGAUCUUAUGUCCAUGUCUACAGUGCAUAAAUUAAUAUUCAAAAACACGGGAGGAAGUGUUUAGUGACUUAAUAUGUAAUGGAAUUAUAAGAAACUAUAUUUUUUGAAGUUCCCAUAGUGAUGUUACACCUUCAGACUACAACUGAAGGUUAUUUGGAAAUUGAUGAAGAAGACAAUAAUGUGUUAGGUGAUGAACAUGAUGAGCAUGAUAUAGUAAACAUGCACGACAUAUUAAAUGAUGUCUUUGGCAUGAAUGUGCUUGAAGUAUUUGGGGUUAGUGACCCAAGUAGGUACAAAGAGGGAGCAAGUCAUGAGGUGGAUAAAUUUUAUAGACUGGUACAAGAUCCAGAGAAAGAAUUGUAUCCAGGAUGUAAGGAUUUCAGCAAAUUGUCAUUCCUUAUUCAAUUAUACCAUAUAAGUGUCUUUGAAAAUGGAGUAACAAGUCAUUCUCCAUGUUGCUGGAAUUAUUGAAGAAAGCAUUUCCCCCAGAGAAUACUACACCAAAAUCUUUAUAUGAAGCAUAGAAGAUCAUUAAAAAAUUGGGGCUAACCUACAAAAAAAUUGAUGCAUGUCCUAAUGAUUGCAUGUUGUACUGGAAUGAGGCAUCGAAUUUUGAGUUAUGUGGCAAAUGUGGUACUCCAAGGUAUGGAGUAAAUGAAGCAAUAGGGCGCAAACGUUCAGCAAAAACAUUGCGCCAUUUCCCUUUGAAACCGAGGCUGCAAAGAUUAUACAUGUCAUCCACAACAUUAGCUGAAAUGAGAUGACAUAAAGAAUAGCGUACGGAUGAUGGGUAGUUACGUCAUCCUGCAGACUCAGAAGCCUGGAAAGAAUUUAAAAAACAACAUCCAACAUUCAGUGUGAAUGCUCGAAAUGUUAGACUUGAACUAGCUACUGAUGGCUUUAGUACUUUUGGUUUAAAGAGCAGUGGGCACAACACAUGGCCUAUUGUUGUUGUACCAUAUAACAUGCCUCAUGCAUGUAUAUGAAACAACCAUCAUUUAUUUUGACAUUGUUAACUUCAGGUCCUAGACAACCGGGGAAUGAAAUAGAUGUGUUUUUAUAGCUAUGAUGCAUAUAAGAAAGAGUCUUUCAAAUUACAUGCAUGUCUUUUAUGGACCAUAAAUGAUUUUUUUGCCUAUGCUAACCUGUCAGGUUGGAGCACCAAAGGUGCAUUUGCUUGUCCAUGUUGCAACAAAAAUACAUUGUCAACUUGGUUGAAAUAUGGUGGUAAGCAUUGUUACCUAGGUAGUCGUCAAUUCCUCGACAUGAAUCAUAAAUUUUUGAGGGAUAAGAGAUCCUUUAAUGGUCAUAAAGAGUUUAGGGAACCACCAAAGCCACCUUCAGGUAGUGACGUGCUAGAGCAGUUGGAGGGUGUUCAAUUUCCUACAUUUGGGAAGCCUCCUAUGGUCAAGGGGAUUCGCUACAACUUCUUUGCCAAGUGGCCAAAAGGUAAAAUUAUGACCAAUCGUUAUCACCAAGGGGUUGGUAAGGAGGCAUCACGAUUACUUACAUGGAUGGGCACAAUGUAAGGACACCUACCACGAUGCCACUAAAUUAUUGGGAAUGGCGAAAAGUUCCUUAACACUAUAAAGAAUCAGUUUGGGAAAAAGUUUAUGGUAUGGUGACACCAACAUUAACAUUUUUAAUGUAUGAUUUUUGUAAAGUGUUUUUAUUUUAAUUUUUUUAAUUAAUAUACUACAUUAUUCUGUAGGACUAUUAUGAAAUUGAAAUUUUAGCAAAAAAAUGGGUUAUUCGAAACAUGGGUAUCCAGUGGAAGGACUUCAGGCUUGAAUUAAAAGAAAUAUAUGAUAAAUCAAUAACGAUUGAUGAAUGCUUUGCAAAACGUGAUGUCCAUGUUCUAUUGGAUCAAUGAAAAUACCUUAUAGAUAUGUGGGGUGAUGUGAAGUAUCAGGUAAUGAUGCCUAUACAAACCUGUUACAUGUUUUCGUAUUUGCUUCUCGAAUAUUGUAUGAUUUGUGUUUUCACUAUGAUAGGAAAUGUGUUCGCGGAAUAAAGAGAAUACAAAGCAACAGAAAAUGAGUCACACUGCGGGCUGACAAAGUUUUGCCCAAGUUUUUGAUGAAAAGGUUGACAUAAUUGAGAUGAAUUUCUCUUAUUCUAAGGGUUUAUGAGAUAGAAAAUGAGGGCAUUAUGCUAGUAGGAGAAGUGAAUGAGAUCCAAGACCUUUACAAAUCAGGCAGCCAUUGCAAAGACUAAAAUCAAAGUGUAUAAUGGUAAGAAAAGACAUAUACGCCUUAAACACAACUUGUUGAGGGAAUAUAUAAAUAAUGGUACCAUUGCUAGCGACUUUAUAAAGUCAAAGAGGAAUGUAGCAGACAUGCUUACAAAGCCUCAAUCCACCAAGGUUAUUCAUGAGACAUCUAAAAGAAUAGGCUUGAGGCCCAUGUCAUAAGUCAAAGUGAUGGACACCCAAUCUAUGUGAUAGGAGAUCCCUGGAAUUAAGUUCAAAGGGUAAAAAUGAAAUCACUGGAUGACUUGAUUAGUACUAUCAUGUGCCUAUUCUAGAUUAUAUGUGGAAGAUAGUACUCACCACAAUGACAAGGAGGAUGAGUUUAUAAAACUCUUAAUCAGCCACGGCUCAUGUCAGAUGAGGGUAUGUUAACUGUGGUGCAUACUGUGGGCUGACCUAAGUGGAUGUAGGGGGUGAGGCUGCCUCCGAUGAGAAUUUUAUGGGCAGAUUCUCUAAACAUUCAUGAUUCCAAGAUGGGAACAAAGGCUAAAAUUAUCCAAAAUAUAUAAAAGAGUGACUAUGGCGUCGGGUGGUAGGAUAUGAAUGAUAAGUCAAUUGGCUACACCAAUGAGGAAAGGUUCAAGAAGUCUGACUUCACCCAUACUCUAUAGCGUGGCUUAUCAGACCUAGUGUAGAUUCAAGUCCGAAAGACAUCUGCAACGAUGUGUCAUACCAUUCUAAUGUGCUCAAACUAUAUUUUUUUUCGUAUUUAUAUUUUUACCAGUAUUUUGAAUCUUGUGGGUGAAUUGUUGGUUUCUAAUGCAAGUUUUUAAAAACCAACUAAGAUGCAAAACACUUGCCCCUUCAGUUUUUGAAGAUUCUUUACAUCCCCCCUUAAUUCCUUCAGUUUUGGAGAUUCUUUAAGUCUCUCCACAUAAUGGUUAUUAAUCCCUACAGUUGCUAAAAGCUCCUUAAGGCAAUUUUCUUUUAAUCGUUUGAGUCACUUUAUGUCUCUACAUGAGAAGCCUCUUGAUGCAUCAAUUCUUCAGUUUUGGGAGAUUUAUAAUUUCUCAUUCAAGUCUCAAUUUAAUUCCUUCUCCUUUACUCAUCAUCUCUCUUGUCUUAUAAAUAGAGGGAGAUUUAGCAUUUGUAAAACACGGAUCAAGUCACUUGAAACAUUCAAGUGUGUGUUGUCAAGCUUUGAUUUUCUUGAUUUUCAUUGGAUUUCACGUGUCCAUUUCUUGGUGUUUUGUUUAAUUUGAGCACAACCCUAUAGGAUUCGAAGCGGUCCAGUAGUCGAGUGCACGAUCACUGGGGGAACCAUUGGGUUGUUUCAUCUUGGAGACCGAUUUGCAAUAUUCCCGGUUGCACCAUAGGGGGCAUCUACAAUCUUAAGGACAGUGUCAAGUGACACGACUCAGCCCACCAAUUUUUCUAACAAUCUUUGUUUUAGGUAUUAGAAAUAUUUCAUAUAGGUGAUAGAUUGAAAGUUCUCUUAUCAAGAAGACGACAUUGAGGUUUGCUCUCUCAAUAUUCUGACACAACUUUCCCUACACAUCUCAUUAAGAGUCUAUUUGCCUUAAGAGGCUUUAUGGAUUCUCACUUCUUUAUUGAUGGCAAUGUUAUAGUGAGGGAUUUCCAUUUAAUGAACGACAAUGACCUCCAGUUAUCUUUCGUAAUUCUGUAGCAGAUGUGGCUGUGCUCAAGUAAACGGAGAUAGGUGCGAAAUGGAUAGAUAACAUCGAUAGUAACUCAAUAGGUGUGAAAUCGAUAGAUAACAUCGAUAAUAACCCAAUCUUUUAUGGGUAUUUCAACAUUCCAAAGGUGGGCAUGCUCAAGAUUGUUUUGACUAGAGUUCAUGUGACCUUAGUUAAACUUAGAGUAGCCAAACACACCCUUAAUGAUAAAAUGUUUUGGUUUGUCCAUACCAAUGGGCCAGCUAUAUUUGAAAAGGAGGAGACUUUAGAUAAUAACCUAGAAGAUGUGAAAUUUUCCCCUUCCCGUGUCUUAGGUGGUCAAACUGAUUUCUCAGAGUUUUGCCGUAGGACGAAUCGAACCCUUGUGGAUGAGAAAGGGACAUAUCUAAAGUUUGAGUUUACAGCUACCAAGUUGUUAAGCUCUCAGGCUUUGCUUGACAAUUAUUUUCGCUACAUGCGGAUGGUAUAAUGAUCAAUCCUUUUAGUAUUGUUCAAUUUGAUGUGGGCACAAGUUCAACAGAUACAGUACAAGAAAGAGAAGUUUUUAUACCUCAUUUACACUCUUAUACUACUGAUAUUGAUGCCACUUGGACUGUGAAUGAAGCUCUGGGUAAUGACUUUGCUUUACUUUCAGAGAAUUUUGUUUUAUUGGAAAAAUAAAGAAAGUAUCUGGUUCUUUCCGGGAGAAUGCUCUGGUAAGUGUGUUCUUUGAACAAAGCCAACAUGGGGACAAGCAACAACUUUCUUUGUUUUCAAAACAGAGAGAACAAGUUGGUGGAUCAAUUCUACAACUAGGGCUCCUGGAUAUAUUUAACAAGAUAGUUCAUCUUUGAGCUAGCCUGAAUUGAUUUGUCUGGAUUUCCCACAAGGGUUGUCAUUGUUGUUGUCUAUCUGUGAAUUAUUAGUGUGAUAAAAGUUUGAUAUUUUUUCAAAUGUAAUAAAGCAUCAAUUCUACCAUAUGUACACAUGAUAUGUUCAUUCUGGUCAUUGGAUAGAGAAGACUUAGGGUUAAUUAGCCACUUGCCAAAACCUAAUGUAAUCAAAUACCCUUCUUUUGAUUAGUAUACAUUCUCUGUAUAUCCAUGCAUGUGUGCAAGUACUCAAGACCCUAAGUCUGUAGAAAAAUUAGGAAUGCCUUGGGCAAAAACGGGGGUUUUGAGCCCAAACUUUUCUCUAUCUACAUAAGCUGUGGUCACAUGUACUAAUGAUAUAGUAUUACAAACCAUGUCUUUGUAGUUACAGAUUAAGAGAGACUAACUGGAAAAAAAAAUGUGCAUCCUAGAUUGUUUUGUAUUUAAAAUGCCUAUUUAAUAGGUAGUUGUACAUGUUUAUUUUUUUAUUAUUUCUUUUUUGGGGGGUAAAAGUUGUACAUGUUCAUUCAUAUAAAUGGGAAGUGUGAUAUUAAUUAGAUGAUCUUAAGUAGGCAGGUGCCUCAAAUUGGUUAGCUUGUUUUGCUAAUGCUUUUAACUAGCGCUAAUAAUUUGCUAUCAUACUCCAUUUGCUCUUUUUUCAUAUGGAUCAAUUUCUUUCUAUAUGCUUCUAACUAGGAUUCAUUACCUUAAUGCACAUGUGCAAUAAUUUUUCUAUGUGCGUUUACAUAGUGUGGAUCAGACAUCGUAUUAAAAUUGGAAUUCACUCAAUGUGAAAACCGGUUGGAAGAAGAGAGAGAUUGAGUGGAUUCCAUGUGUGUACCAGGCACUGUACAAGAAUAGUUCUCACCGAAAAUUCUUCUCUCAUAUUUCCCUCUUCACUGUGGUAUCUUCUUCCUUCUAUUAGCGUUGAGUUCUCUAUUAUCUUUGACAUACUAAAUUCCUUGAUGACACUCCAAACUGCAGCAAAAAAAUUUGUGAAAAUAUCCUGGUAUACCUUAGAGUUAAAAGACAACUCUUCCUUCAUGAUCCUACAAAAUCUCUCCUCCUGUUCUUCCCAGGUUUCCUAAGGAGUAUCCAUCCCCAUAUAAAUUUUACGAAACUCGUGUAGAGGAAGAUUUAUGAAACUCUAGCCAAACUGAAAUCCAUCCAAAAACCCAAGCCCCAGAAAAAUUUGAAAUUUUGAAAGAUAGAAAUCCAUGGAAGAAGCCAAGCCCAAGAGAAAUUGUAGUCCGAAUCCUGUUCGAAGGGUCCCAAACUACUGAAACCAAUCCCCGAUUCCUGAAUCCAAUUCCAAGCGUGCCAUAAAAGAAAAAAAAAUCGAAGGUCCCAAACUGCUCAAACCAGUUCCGAAUCCGGUUCUCAGCGUUGGAUUAAAGUAAAAAACACCGAAGGUUCCAAACUUCUACUUCUUCUUUUGAUAUCUCUCUACAAAACCACUCUCUCAAAACGCUCUCUCCCCGGGUACCCCCAACCACCAAGACCGCACCAUCCUUUGCAUUACCUACUUCUGCUCUCUCUCUCUCUCUCUCUCUCAGUUUGAUUCGCUCAUUUAUUCAAGGAAAUGAGUUGGUCAUCGAGUGAUAAAUUUUUUGUGAACUCAAAGUUAGAGGUCUUUUCGGUUGACAUCUUUUCCGAACCAUUAGAAUUGGCACAAAGUGAAGAUGUUGUGUACGAUGGACCAAAAGGUGAUGAUUUCAAGAGGUUUUUGCGCUCUAAGAACUUUCGAGUAAACUGUCAGGGAAAGGCUAUUGUAUGCAUCCAAAAGCGCAACGGUGAUGGCGAAUUUCUUGAAUGUCAGUAUGAUACCUUCGUUUUAGAAACGGUGGUCAUGUUGGGCCCUUUUGGUUUCCAGAAUAUACCAUUGCCGAAGCCACAAGAGGUGAGCGAAUUGAGAAGCCUCCUGGACAAUACCAAGGCUGAAUUGGCGAGGAAGAAUGACGAGCUUAGUGAAUCACAAAGACUCCUAAACAAUACCAAGGACGAAUUGGCAAAGCAUAAUGACGAGCUUAAUGAAUUGAAAUGCCUCUUGGACAAUAUGAAAGGUGAAUUGGUGAAGAAGAAUGAUGUGCUUAGCGAAUUAAUGAAGCAGAAGAAUGAUCAAGAUUGGAAUACUAAACGGUUCCAGCUAACUAUGAUUGCAAUCACAAACUCAAUGAAGAGGGUGUUCAUUGACAUUAGCCUUGAACCACCAGCCAGUGGAGAUCCAGAAUCUGUGCUGAGGUUUCUUGAGAUAUUACAUGAUCUUAUCCAUGACAAAGAAUUCAGUGCCACUUUCUUAGUAGCUGCGAAUGGGAUACUGGCCUCGAUCAAAAGUAUAUUUGAGAAACGAAGUGGCUUAAGCAUUGGCAUGGAAACAACGUAUAGUACUCCAUGUACUCCAGCCCAUCUCAUUGAGAGUCUAUUUACCUUAAGAGGCUUUAUUGAGUCCCACUUCUUUAUUGAUGGUAGUGUUAUAGUCAGGGACUUCCGCUUGAUGAAUGAGUACGACCUCCCAAUUAUCUUUCGGGAUUCUGCAGCAAAUGUGGCUGAACUCAGGAAGAAGGAAAUAGGUGCGAAAUCAAUCUAUAACAUCGAUGGAAACUCCAUCUUCUAUGGGUAUUUCAACAUUCCAAUGGUGGGGAUGUUCAAGGGUGUUUUGACGAGAGUUCAUGUUACCCUGCCAGAUGAGAUCAUGCAGAAACUUCAAGUAGGCAAACAAAACCCUGAUGAUAAAAGGUUUUGGUUUGUCUAUGCCAACGGGUCAGGUAUAUUUGAAAAGAAUAUUGAGUCAUUAAGUUCUCCGGAAUCAACAAACAAUCCAGAAGUUGUCAAAUUUUCCCCUUCUCGGUUCUUAGGUGACUCGACAGAGACUUCUCAGAGUUUAUGCUUAGGAUCAAUAAUCGAACCUUCGUCAACGAGAAGGGGGCAUAUAUCAAGUUUGACUUUGUUGCCACCAAGAGUCUAAGUUCGGGUGAUGUUAUCGUUCGCUAUUUUGAUAAGGAUUUGGUAUUGCAUGAUCCUUUUAAGUUGGUGCAAUUCGAUGGUAGCGAAUGUGAAACUGGUAUCGUAGAAAGAAAUGUUUCAAUCCCUGGGCAAUGGACGGUAGGUAAGAGUGAGAAAUAUAGCACAUGGAUUGUAAAUGAAGCUCUAGGUAAUGACUGUGCUUUCUCUUUCAAGAAUUUCUAUUUUAUUGGGAAAAUAACGAAAGCCUCUGGUACGUUCCGUAAGAAUGCUCUAGUCAGCGUGUUUUUCGAACAAACUCAACAUAAAGCAUAAUUGUUAUGUCGAUGCUCUAGCAACGACUUUCUUUGUUUUGCAAACAGAGAAAAGAAAUUGGUGGGACAAUGUUGAGGAGAAGCCUCUGAAUUUUAUUUAAAACAAGGCAUGUACUUUAUUUUUA